AUUUCUCCAAUUUCAUUUUCUUUCCGGAUUGCUUGCCUCAAUUCCCUGUUUCGGUUCUUUCAAAACUAUUUCAGAAAAUUUAGCAACUCUAAAUGCGUUCAUUCCCAAUUCUUCGAUUAGAUUAUCUCAAUCCGAUUUUCUUUCGAGCUUUUGACCUAUUCUGCUAUGGAAUAUUGGAACAGGGGAUUAGUUUUUAGUUCUGAAUUUUGUAUUUAAUAUCUUCUCAAAUAGAGGGGGAAAAGAAGAGGAACGAUCAAAUGGCUGCUGGAGGGCCUAAUUCUGGGCAGCCACAGUUCUUUUCUAGGGCUGGAGAUGAGAGUUUUUCGCACGCGCCAUUGAUCGAGAACACAGAAACUGAUCAGAUUGUUGUUCCUGAUAAAAAAAGCUGGAAGAACCUUUUUGCAUACAUGGGCCCGGGAUUUCUUGUUUCUAUUGCUUAUAUUGAUCCUGGAAAUUUUGAAACUGAUCUACAAUCUGGAGCACAGUACAAGUAUGAGUUGCUUUGGAUCAUAUUACUGGCUUCUUGCGCCGCCCUUGUCAUACAAUCUUUAGCAGCAAAUCUAGGAGUUGUCACAGGAAAACAUUUAGCAGAGCACUGUAAAGCUGAGUACCCCAAGGUGCAAAAUUUCAUCCUAUGGAUCCUUGCUGAAAUUGCAAUUGUUGCAUGUGAUAUUCCCGAAGUUAUAGGAACCGCUUUUGCAUUGAAUAUGCUCUUCAGCAUUCCUAUUUGGUGCGGGGUUCUUCUGACAGGGCUUAGUACACUACUCCUCCUUGCGCUGCAGCAAUAUGGGAUUAGAAAGCUCGAAUUCUUGAUUGCAUUUCUUGUAUUGACAAUUGCAAUUUGCUUCUUUCUGGAGUUGGGCUACGCACAGCCCGAUGUCGGAGAAAUUUUUUAUGGGUUAUUUGUCCCUCAAUUAAAAGGAAGUGGUGCUACUGGUCUUGCAAUUUCACUUCUUGGUGCUAUGGUUAUGCCACACAAUCUCUUUCUUCACUCUGCACUGGUGCUCUCUAGGAAAAUACCCCGAUCCGUUCCUGGCAUCAAGGAAGCUUGCAGAUUUUAUAUGAUAGAGAGUGGCUUUGCUCUUUUGGUGGCUUUCUUCAUUAACGUGGCCGUCAUUUCAGUUAGUGGCGCGGUUUGCAAUUCCCCAGAUCUAAAUAAGGAGGACCAAAUGAGCUGCAGUGACUUGGACUUGAAUGAAGCUUCAUUUUUAUUGAGAAAUGUAUUGGGUAAAUGGAGUUCCAAACUUUUUGCCAUUGCUUUGUUAGCAUCUGGUCAGAGUUCUACCAUAACAGGAACCUAUGCAGGACAGUAUGUCAUGCAGGGGUUUCUCGAUUUGAAACUGAUGCCAUGGAUCCGAAACUUUUUAACGCGAAGCUUAGCGAUUGUUCCUAGUUUGAUUGUUGCAAUCAUUGGUGGGCCUUCUGGGGCUGGGAAGUUGAUCAUUAUCUCAUCGAUGAUUUUGUCGUUUGAACUCCCUUUUGCUCUCAUUCCCCUUUUGAAGUUUACGAGCAGCAAGACGAAGAUGGGUCCACAUGUCAACUCCCUCGCGAUUACGAUACUGACAUGGAUCAUCGGUUUCCUCAUCAUGGCUAUAAAUAUAUACUACCUCAUAACCCGUUUCGUCCACGUGCUUAUUCACAGUGAUCUCCAACUCGCAGCAGUCAUCUUUAUAGGGAUACUAGGAUUUUCAGGCAUGGCAUUAUAUUUAGCUGGAAUUGCUUAUCUGGUUUUGAGAAAGACCAAGAAGAUCACUCAUCUCUUGGCACCAACAACAGAAGAAAGUGAGCGAUUGAGCAUCGAGCCGAGCAAGACAUCAGCAUAUAACCUCCCGAGCGAAGAAACAGUAAGCAUGCAAUUGCCUCAGAGAAUUAGAACAACCAAUGAUGUAAACUGACAAAUUAUAGAUAAAAAAAAACUUCAGCCACAGAAGGAAGGAAGGCAGAUCCUUUGGAUGGAUGCUGGUUUCAUUUGUUUUGGACAUAGAACAGACAGGUGAAACUCAGAAGCACGGCAACUGGAAAGGUGAAAAGUUAAAUCAGCUUAACCCAACUCUACCUUCAAUACUGCCUUGCUAGCCAAGUUAACUGCUUGAGCUUUCUAGGGUUCUUUUAGCACAGAAGUAAUUACAUACCUUUUUGCCCCUCUUUUUUCUCUCCUCUUAGCGAUGACCUUUUAUUGCUAUUGUAUUUGGGUUCUUAACAUUUUAACUUUCAACUUUUAACCCAACAUUAGUAGCUGAUAAUGAAUGGUUGUUUAUUAGAUAUGUGCAAAUUCGUGAUUUGUAUAAUUGAUUAUUUUGGAAUUCAAAUUUGGCCGUUGAUGACCCGAA